GCAGAUUUAUUAUCACCACCACAUAGCUGACCACUACAAUUGCAGCGAUGCUCCUCGAGGUUUUUUUGCCGCAGUACCUGAUGACUUUGCUAUCCAUCCGGGCUUGAGGAAGAUUGAAGUCCGGAAGCAGAUCCUCGAAUUAUAUUUGCAAGUCUGCCUUGAGGAUACCACCCGUUUGCGCAAGGAAUCUGCGAGGUCUCUGCUCCAGCAAGGGUUGGAACUCAUGAGGAGAGGCUGCAUCGGUGUCAGCGUCAGCCCCAGUGCACCGACGAUACAAGAGAGUCCGCGGGAAUACCCCGCAAAACAGUGGUGGUACGAGCGAGACCUCGCAUUUCUGCGGGUCUUGACGCAGGAUUUGACUAGCGAAGACCUCGAUGUGGUGUACGAUGCAACACUGUUGAGGAAGGCAACUACACGUUUUUCACAAGAUCGAUCCUCGUGUUUAUCAGGAAUUUAAGAGGUACAAAGGUAGUUGAAGCGGUAGCAGUGCCACAGGGAAGCGCUCGAACACCUUCACGACUUGGACUUCAUGGCGAGAUCUUAAUGAAGUCUGCUCUGGUGAAGCACUUUACUAGAGCAGACCCCACCUAACGCAGCACCUCACCAGAGCGGAUCUGAUCGAGCACAUUUCGUCAACAUUUAGCACCUUUCACAUUGCUCCCCCUUCUAUUUUUACUUCGGUUGCUGACGUUGUGGGAUACAGAUGGGUCGUUCUGUACGUAAUAGGUCAAUUUUUGUGGCAGGACAAAAACCUCUAUGAACCUUUUUUGCAGUUUUUUCCUCUGUGAUGUGGAUAUUUACUGGGUGGCGCUUUGCCCCCUUUUUUCUUCGUGUGGUAUUUUGAACUGAUGCAAUAAUGAACGGGAAAACACGCGAUGCCACUGUGAAAGAUGUGAAACUUUACAGCUAAGUGCGUCCUCUGUGUCUAUAAAUCAUGUAAAUAUUUGCGACGCCUUAUGGCGCCGAAUGUCCAUAACCAUGGCCCACGCUUUGAACCCGGUGCGCGAGCGCUGUGGUGGCCCAUGCAACGGGGAUACUCGCUGCGGCGAGCUUGGUGCACGACCUAGCCAGCGCAAAAAGCCCAACUCACAAUCAAACCCAGCUGCAGACGAACGCUCAUCCAACGAAGAGAGCCAAGACAUCAGCCGAAAAGAAAACGACGCGAAAAAACAGGCAAUCUGCC